CGAGCAGCGAGGAGGCGGGAGCGGAGGCCGGGCAGCGGCUGGGGAGAGGGGGCGAGCGAGCCCAGAGGCGGAACUGCCGAGCCAGCCGCCGCCGCAAGCUGCCCGUGUGGCUCCCGCACAGAGACCCGGCUCCCCGGCGUCCCGAGCGGAGCCUCCCCGAUCGCGCUCCGCCUCCCUUCCCGGCUCCAGCCCCGCAGCCGAGCAGCGAUGCAGGCGCUGGCCCUGGCGCUCUGUGCCCUGCAGCUGUGCCCAGCUGUGCUGGGCGGCCGCUGGGGGCAGCCCUUCCUGGUGGAGAGGCCUCAGUCCCGGCGGCUGAGCAAGCUUGGUGGCUUCACGUGGAAGAACUGUGGCAAUGGGACCGAUCCCUUUGUGAUUAAAAGUCUGUCCGUAGCUCCGGACCCGAUCCACAUCCCCGGGAACCUGAAAGUCAGCGUGGCGGUUUCCAGUGAAGCUGACAUCAGCUCACCUCUGAAGGCGGUGCUUACCGUGGAAAAGAACAUAGUUGACCUAUGGAUAAAGAUCCCCUGCGUGGACGAGAUCGGGAGCUGCACGUAUGAUGGCCUUUGCAGAAUCCUGGACAACGCCAUCCCCCCCGGAUCACCAUGCCCCGAGCCUCUGCUCAGCUACGGCAUCCCCUGCCACUGCCCCUUCAAACCGGGCUCCUACUCCCUGCCAUCCAGUGAGUUCUACUUGCCCAUCAUACAGUUGCCCUCCUGGCUGACUAAUGGCGACUACCGCGUCCAGGUUGUCCUGAGCAGCGGUGCCAAGCAGCUCGCCUGUGCCCAGGUGGCCUUGUCCCUCCACUCCGAGUGAGGCUGGCCAGCCCUGCCCGACCACGAGCCCACCCCCCCGCUGCAGGCUGCCGCGUUGCCUCGCUCUUCUCUCUGGCGGAGACACACACCGGAGCCGGUUGGCAGCUCUCUUCCUCCUUCCGCUGCCUCUUGCCUGCCCUCACAGCUGCUGCUUGCCCUUUCCCGCCUCUGUUCGCCCUUCUCCCGCUCAGAAAAAGGGCCAAUGGGAAGGGGGGUGGCGGGGGGAGGCCUUUGUCUUCUGUGCAGGGUGGACUUAAAGGUGGGCAAGGUUGGCAGAUGGGUUGGGUCCCUCCUGAUCCUGAUUCAAAGCCUGUUGAAGUCAAUAGGAGCCUUUCCAAGGGUCCGGCUCCUAGCGAGGAGACUUGAGUCUUUGUCGCAGUCCCUACAACUGCAGCCCCACUUGUUGCGUUUCCCAGCGGGGCUUAGAUCCCUUCCCUCCACCCCUGUUCGUGCUGUUCUGUAGAGCAGCGUCCCUCUCCCGGUCCUGGUCGGCUGUGCACCAUUCUCUAUGCCAGCUUUGGGCUGAUUCCCUGAAGUCAAUAGACCCCCCCCCAUUGAUUUCAGGCCCGUAGGGAUCAGGCCCAUAGGGAGGCACUCAGCACUAAACAGAACUGCCCAUCACAGUUGCUGUUUGAUUCCCAGCUGCGCUUUGCUGGGGAAUGCCCCGCACUGCAGCGCUAUGUGCUGGAUGGCCGUAUGGGUCACUUCUGCCCCAGACUUCUCUGAUCCUAGGAAAUAUCAGGUUAAACUGCUGGCUCGGGUCCAAUGCUGAGUCUUUCCGUCAUAUCGUAGUGGUGGCUCCAGCUUUCCGGAGCUGCGUUCCAGGCCAGAAUGUCCCCUGUGCGCGCACUCGCCUUGAGGGAGUUGUAUCGCUGUGCUACAAGCCAGCCUGGGGGCGGGGGUCUAGUUUGAUUAUUUCCCCACAUAUGUAAUGAAAUUGCAUUCUUCAUGUUGCUUAAUGCCUCCUUCUCCCCCCCUCCAGUCAGUAACAAUGGGAGGGCCCGGUAGCCCUCCAGCUGACUGGUGUAAACAAAAUGGGGUAUCACAAUAUUCCACCCAUUGAGUGGCCUAGUUAACCUCUACCGUCCCAGGGGGUUUUGCCAUCUGUUGGCUAGGGUGUGGGGCUGUUUUUGUUUGUCUGGGGUUUUUUAAAAUAUCACACAGGGAAUUUUAGAAAACAAAACUGAAGGAAGAAAACAGAAAGAAAUAAUUCUUGUAAACAAUCAGUUGGAAAAAGGAAAAGAGGCUUAGUGCUGGCUGCCCCUCUCUGCAAUGUGGGGGUCGAUUGCCGGUCAGGAGUGCCGUCUUGUAUACUUUGAGGGUGCAAGCCCCCUCCAGGCAUGUGUGCCCUGACACUGGACUGGAGAGAUGCAGGUGCAAGCCCCCUCCAGGAAUGUGUGCCCCGACACUGGACUGGAGAGAUGCAGGUGCAAGCCCCCUCCAGGCAUGUGUGCCCUGACACUGGACUGGAGAGAUGCACAUGCAAGCCCCCUCCAGGCAUGUGUGCCCUGACACUGGACUGGAGAGAUGACAUGUUCAUUCUUACUGGCCACUGCUUGAGACGGGAUACUGGGCUAGAUGGACCAUUGGUCUAUCUUGGGGUGGCACUUCUUAAGUUUCUGAGUCAACCUGGGCAGCAGCAGCAGGAAACCUGUCAACAUGAAGAGCUGUACAGCUAGCACUGAAUUCUCUGACAACAAAUAACCUUCCUAAACAGGACCACGCUGGACCAGGUCCAUUCCGAAGAAAUCAUUGCUUAUGGUAAUAUGAGGCGAGCCGGGAGGGUGGGCAUCGCCAGCCAAAGAGACAGAUCUUCAACAGCAUGGACAUUAUCUCUCGCCCAUGUCUGCAUUGAAAAAAGGGGAACAAACCAAGAAAGCAAUGUACUAAUAUUCUCACUACCAGGGGACCAAAUGACACAUUCUGCUCUGGGCGUCUCUUACUCUAAAAAGGAUGUGGUUGUGAUGGCUUGAACCAAAGGAACAAUUUGAUUGGCUGAUGAGGAUUCCAAGCAGUGUAAUUAUGAAACUGAAAAUCGCCCGACUGAACUUCUCGACCACAGUGUUAGAGUGACCAUUUCUUAAAGGUGCUAACCCAUGGUGAGGCAGGCAGUCACACCGCCAUGUCCUGGGCAGAGGAACAAAUGAGUUUAGAACUUCUUAGGUUUGCAGCCAGCAUAUUUAGGAGCUACAGCACAGGACUGGUGCACCCGAAAAUGUGCUGAUCAGACUUUCUACAGGACGUGGUUCAUCGGUCUUGACAGGCUUUAGGGAGAAGAGUCUCUGGAGUAAAUUGUUGUAGCUCAGGAUGUGCCCCAGGAAAUAGGUAGUCAGGACCCUAAUCCGGUGGGCUGUGGGCUGUUGAGUUGUUCACUUUGGGUGCGGUUUUGCACUGUUAAGUCAAUGGGAGCUUUGCCGUUGAUUUCAGUGGGUAUGGGAUCAAAUUGCUUGGGUGGUGUUUUUUCAGCACUGUAAGUCCCUGCCUCCCAAUUCACAUGCAGGGCUGACAUUGCACCUGCAGACCCAGUUCAGUGCAGCUGACCCUAAGAUGUGUGUAGGAUACAUAACCCAAUCACUGAACACCCCGUCCCAUAUUAUUGCACUGGAGCUGUAUGUAUACAACCAUCGGAGGGGUAGCCUGUUAGUUUGUAUCCACAAAAACAACGAGGAGUCUGUUGGCACCUUAAAGACUAACACAUUUAUUUGGGUAAAAAACCUCACUUCUUCAGAUGCAUGGAGAACUUCUUCCAUGUAUCUGAAGAAGUGUUUUUUUUUUAACCAUGAAACCUUGUGCCCAAAUAAAUCUGUUAGUCUUUAAGGUGCCACCGGACUCCUCGUUUUUAUGUAUACAACCGUCGCUGUGUUAAUGCACCUGAGGUGUGAGUCAAUUUACACCAUCACUGCACACGUGCUAUUGCAGCUGAGGUGCAUGUGUGUGCCAUGCCAUCCCCACCUUGUACCCUGUAUUGUUACAGUCGAUUUGUGUAGAUAAGACAGACACCGCACACCCUCUCCUGUAUUAUUUCAUGCAAGGCAGGUGUGUAUGACAUCAGCAGUGCACACCUGUGCUGUUGUGGUACAUCACCAUGUAUUCUGUCUUCCAUUACUACCCUCUGAGCAUGCACAUGUGACAGCCACUGCUCACCCUGCUCUGUAUUACAUCUGUGAUACCUGGGUAUGACACCCUAAUACUACUACUUAGCAGCUGUGUAGGGCUGAUUUGCAAAGUACUUUAUAAGCCUUAACUACUGAAUGCCCGCAGUCCAUGGGCUGGCGUGAUUGUGCUUUAACCCAAUGCUACUCACUAUGUUUUGCACAGUCUGUGUGCUCAUGACAGGUUUAAGAGACAAAGACCUUUGGUCACCUUUCUGCUUCCUAAACUUGCUACGCUAUACAACGUCCUAACAGCCAGUGGGUUUUGCUCUGGUUUGUUCUGUGUGGAGAAGCACUAACCAUCUUGCCAACUCCUGCAUCCUUACUGCUUAGCUGAAGCCUGCUGGUUUUUUGGGAGGCAGCGGCUAUUAGUGCUGGUGCCACAACGAGUGAUUAAUAAAUCUUUUUAACUAGA